CACCGCUUGGUCAACCGAUCGACGACGACCCAGAUAGAGUCGACGCCCCGCUCCGUUCGCGGCAGAUCAGUGAUGAAGUCCAUGGAGAUGGAUCUCCAACGCUCGUCUGGAAUACUGAGUGGCUCGAGCAACCCAGGAGGUUUCGUCAACCGCGGCUUUGUCAAGUACGUACGUUCCGCACCGGGAUGGCCUCCGUAG